AUGAUCUAUCGAGAUAUAGUUGUUGUCGUUUCAUUUCUACUAUGUCACGUUGUGGCUCUAAAUGGGGCCAAUUUUCUGAUGCUACACAAUCAAACAUCAGUCAACCAAACUGCAUUGAAUGAAACCCUUGAUGUUGCAAUUAGAACUCAGAGAGACAUUUCCAAACCAGUGCCUCUUGACCAGCUAGCGGUAACAGGCACGUCACUAACAACGAUGUUUUCAAAUGGAGAUUACAGCUUGAACAGUACAUCAAAGUUGCGCGAUUUGCUAGAUACCGGAAUGCAAGCAAUAAUGUUGGAUCUAUAUUGGAAUGAAUUUACAUCAGUAUGGCAAUUAUGCCCAGCCCCCUUUCCGCAAAAUGUAACUUAUAAUCCAAACGAUAAAGUUAAAGUCACCUGGAACAAUGUUACGUAUACUUGCGAAGUUGGAUUCACAACCGAUAAUGUCAUGUCCAUAAUUGAGUCGUACUUAGAUUCUUCAAACACAAAUUUUGAAGCUAAUUUUCUCCAUUUGCUACUCAACCUUAAGUCCAUACAUUAUGAAAAGUCGAAUAAGACAAUGUCACUCGAAAACAUUUAUGCGCCUAAUUCACGGUCAACUAUUGUGGGGAACUCGACAUUGAAUGCUACAAUCACCCCGAUUGCUUCCUACAUUUUCAGUCCAAAUGUGCUAGAUGACUACCGACAACAAGUUUAUCUAUCGUCAAACCCGUAUGCUUCGUUCUACAAUAAAUCGAGUACAAUCAUGCCUACAUUGGAAACUGUUCUACUAUCGCAAUACAAGAGAAUAUUGGUCAAUGUCUUGAGCAAUGAAAUUGUUCCAUCUCCUCGAGCCUACACAAUCGACAGCCAUGAUCGAGAACUCAUUUUCUUCAAUGAUACGUUACCAACAUCGGUGAAAACUGCAAAACAGGUAGAGCCUUAUUGCAACGAGCUUCUCAAAUUGGAUGACGACACAGGGAAAUACAAUGAUAUGUCCUUGACAACGGAAUUCGUCUAUGUCAUUGAUAACAAUGAUUACCAGUUUACCCAAGACAGUGUUCAGAAUUUCCUAAGGUGUGGACUCUUGCCCAUCUUUAAUGCCACUUCAUACGUCAUUGACAAUAAAAACAUACUGGAUAUUGGAGAUUUAUUUAUAUCAUUCACUCCCUAUCUAUUUUGGUCGUGGCGUGCGGGUCAGCCUCACGUGUUCAACAACUCAACAUCAAGCAAUCUGUCAAAUAGUAACAACAUGGAUGCAAACGCAUCUUUUCGGUGUGUAGUCAUGACCGAUAAUGGUUGGAAGGUUGACGAUUGCUACGAAAAGUUCUCUAUCGCAUGUCAGAACAAAACUGAGCCUAAUGAUUGGUAUAUACCACCAGGUGAUAAGCAGACUUAUUUUGAUGUUGGUAGAGGUGACUGUCCAGAUGGAUACAACUUUAGCUUGCCAAGACUGAGCACCGAAAUGCUCUCGCUUAUGAGCGCUGUGAAGCGGCAAAAUGUCGCUUACCCGGUAUGGAUUGAUUUAAAUGAUAUAACAAUAUCCAAUUGUUUCGUAUCAGGUGGCCCUUAUGCACAAUGUCCAUAUCAAAAGACAGUCACCACUACAAGAUUUGUUCGUAUGAUUGCACCAGCUUCAGUGGUUUGCAUCAUUGUUCUUAUUGCCGUUCUUCUUGAAAAAUUGCUCAGAACAAACCAUAUACAGUCAAACAGGAAACGGUAUUGGAAAAAAGCGCUUGCUGAGUACUAUUCUAAGAACGAUUACGAAGGAGUGCCAUCAUAA